AUGGCUUCCGAGAACGGAUCGGAGGUGUAUCUGACCCGCGCUGUGGGUCACGGAUCCCUACCAAGAUAUCGGAGGGAAGGUGCUGCAACGUCCGCUCCUCCAUCCUCUCCUCGACCGGGUCUCUCAUUACCGGCUAAACCGACCUCUGGACUACGGCGCAAGCGCUCGACCGACUCUGCCUUUUCUACCAACGAAAAUGACCAUGAAACGAAACGUGUCCUCCGCCAACGAACCGCCCUCUUCUCCUCGUAUGAGACCGCCCAUAACCGACUCCCAACCAAGGCGAAACACACCACGUAUGUGGACUGUACCCAGGCUGUGAACCCCAUCCCUGCCACCCCGAGCGCCGGCGCCAUCUCUGCUUCGAGGCAAAAACAGGAAAACAAAUCCACCCACCCGCUCAAACCCUCCUUUUCCGCCAACGUCUCUGGUCUACCCAGACCGUGCACGAAAGUCAACGUCAAGGGACCCAGGAAGUCAGGAAGACGCGGUUCGUCUCGUCCUGCUGCUUUCAAGGGUGACAGAUUCGCAGUCCUCGACAUAGUGACCGCGCCAGCAAUCCUCAAUGUAGGCCACGGCGGUCUUGCAUCUAGAAUCGUGACUCACACGAACGCUGCGCCCACCUCUACCUUAUCGAAUAAUUUAUCUAUUGACGUCCUGGAUGAACUCCUGGUCUGGGAUAUGGAAUCACUACCCUCCAUCCCGAGCCCGCCCGACAGCCCCGAGCGUGGGCCCUCCACUGCCACUGGUGCUGAUAUCAUUCCGGAAUCGAACAACAACAGCUCAACUGCGACAGUGAUAUCAGGGCAAAACGUUUCUUCCAUACCAUUACCACCUCCACUACAGGCAGCUCCACCCUUCUCGACGCCUAUCGACGAUGACGCGCUCGCAGAGCUGGAGAGCGAUAUCCCGUUCCCGAGGUUGCGAACGAACGUGGUGAUUGAGAAUAUGGGCGUGAAGAAGGCGAGGGGCGCGACGGGGCCGAAGGGUCGAAUCACAGCGAGCAGUAUCCUGAAUCGACACGUCGUCUAUCCAAGCACGAACACCGCCCCAUCCAGCACAACGAGAUCAUCGAGUCAACCCCUGCACCCGUCCCGUAUCCCAAUACCCGUUUCAGCCGCCCACACAUCAGCGUCUCUGUCUCCGUCUCCGUGUACACAAAGUCCUACUCCUCCAAAUGAUCUGCCCCCACCUUUACCUCUACGAACACUUUGCCAAAACACACCACACCCGUUGGAAGACGACAUCCUUUCGCGAACGUCCUAUCUCCGAACCUCCUCAUUAGCGCCGACCCUCCCAUCCGGUCGGCGGUACGCCACAAUGGCCAGCACGUCAGACUCGCUUGGUACGACACACCUCGGCGCGUCCGACUGUGAGCUCGCGAUUCUGUUCCCGCAUACGUCACACUUUGAGGUGUGGGACAUGGACGACCACGAGUGCCUCUUCUUCUCGGCGUUGCUUUACAUCUCGCCGAAGGGUUCUUUGGCCUGGACCGGGCAGCCGCUCUCAACACCCGACGUCUCCCUCAUCGACAUCAGGUGCGACGACCACCCCAUAUCCCCACGCACGGCGUCAUACAACCGCGACGGCGAGUACAGCACGACCUUCCUCGGGGGCAAGACCGGGACGACGAAAGACGACCUCAUCGAGGACACCGCGUACCGGCUUAUGACCAAGUCGCCUGAGGGCAUCACCGUUGAGGGCAGGUGGAUACGGGCGUAUGCGCGGCCGGGCGUCGAGGGUGUUUCGAUCAGCACAGGCCGAAGCGCGAGUAGCCAUGGCACUGGGGGUGGUGGGGCCGGUGGGGUUGGAGGCGGCCUUCGUAGCCCUCGGCAGUCGACCUCACCAUCUUCUUCUCCCUCUUCUUCUCCACCGACGUCGACGUUCUCCUUCCCCGGCACGAGCUCGGGUAUCGUCAGCUCAGGCACGCGUGCGAGCGCAGCUGGUCUGAGCUCGAGCUCGAGGACGGCAAGUACCCCCACCUUCUCCGCGUACAACUUCCUCUACGCGCGCGCACAGGGGUGGUACCUCCGCAUCUGGAUCCCAAUCCCGACGCGUCUCUUCGCGAAGCGCGAGACGCGAGUGUUCCGCAUCCACGCCCGCGUGUGGAUGAUGGGCGACGAGGAACGCGUGCUCGCGCUGGACCGGUACGACGACGAGGAGGCUGGCGUACUUGGACGACAGCAGCACGAUGCGCGGCCACUCGACGCGAGCACGGCGAUGACGGUGUCUCAUCUGCGGAGCGAGCGCGAAAUGGGGGUGUGGUAA